AUGAUGACUUGGGGAGACUGCUGGUGUGACACCAGUAGCGGCGGUGUAGGUUGGCAAGGAUGGCGAUGCUUGUCGACAGCAGCUAGCUCCAAAGUGCACAAGAAGAUAUUUGUGGCUAAUCAACAUCGUGUCACAUCUGAAGCUCAAUUUCAGAAGUGGCGUGCCGCCCAUGCUUCUGCCAUACUUGAUGACGUGCAUAUCAAGCUGGCAGAGUCUUCAACUGAUGAUGCCUCUUAUGUGGAUGCAAAUGAUUCAAAUGCUAGGAUUAUCACAUUUCGUCCAUUCUAUUUCUCCUUGCGCUUCACGUUCCCGUUGUUAAAGUUCUUCAAGGAGGUGUUCUGCGUCAUGGAUUGUGCUCCAAGUCAGUGUACUUCGAAUGUCUGCAGGGCUAUCAUGUGCUUUGAGAACCUGAGUCGCUUUUUCAAGUUAGAUCUGAUGGUGCGAGAGUUAUUCUACUUCUUCGAAGUGAGACACUACGAGAAGUAUGCUCAAGUCCGCGUAUGCAAUGCCAAGUUGUUUGACAACUUCAGCCAAAAAGAUCACGUAUGGCACGUCAAUGUGCUGGAAGUCAGUGGACGGUGGGAAAGGGAGUUGGCGAUGGAUGUCGAGAGAUGGAAGCAGAAUAGUCCAAACUUUGAUGAUCUGCCUCCUAAACAGGAAGAGUGUUCUGUCGAACUCUCCUCAAAGAGGAAGGCUAACGUCAAGUCCCUAAGAGAUAAAGCUGCGACUUCACAGGUGAGGGAUGUGUCUCUGCUAAGAAAGAAGCCAAGACCCCAUUAUGUUGUGACUAAGUCUUCCUCAAAAAAGGUCUCAUCUGCUGAGAAGACUCAAGUAUUAACUACUCCCUCGUCAUCUGCUAAGGUUAAGUAUCUUGUGGCGCAUAUAGCAAGAAGAAACUGUGAUCUGCCCGGUAAAGAGAUUCGCUCCCAAACCAAUUCACAUGCCGAGAGGCAAAGAGAUGCUAAUAUUCCUCUUCAAAGUUUAAGUCGCCUGCACCAGUCUAGGAAUGAGGACCGUACUGGGAGGAUUACUCAUCCGCCUAACCAUCGUGAUCCAACUGUUGAGCCACAAGCAGUCAAGCAUGAAGCUGAUUCGGCAUCGUUGACUUCUUCAGAGGCGAGGAUGGCGAAUACUAAGAAUGCAAGAGAGUCAUCUACUCGUGUGAAUGGUUCUUCAGAAAUGCUAAUGACUGAUCCCAACAUUGACAAGUCCAACCCUGGACAGGAUGCAUGUGUGUCUAAUCUAUUCAAGAUGAACUUCCUAUCAAACCCAUCUGCUUGUGUGAAGUUGGUUGAUCAUAUCCAUUAG